UCUGGCAACACUCACAACAAUUUUCGACGCAGCAUUGGUGUUCAGAAUUUUGGAUUUUCCUUGAUUUAACCGAAAUAAUUUGAAAAAAAUGGUGACAGCAUGAUUUAAAUUGAUUAACAAGAAUAGAUAUCUACAAAGUUUAAAUCAAUUGAAUUUCAAUAUUAUUACAUUGUGAAGUGAUUGAUUUGACUGUUGUAGUGAAACAAAUUUGAAACGUUCCAGUCUGAAGUGGGUAGCUAACAGCUCGAUAUAACUGUCAAUCUGGGUGUAGAAAUUUAUUUGUAAUUUUCACCGGUUCUCAUGUGUAAUUUCUGAAAGUGUUAGACCAAUUCUUACAAACGUGCGUUGUGGAAUAAUGUUCAAUUGUGUACCUGGUGCGUAGGAUUGUGCAAAAAUGGAUGACGGCACUAUAAAGAUCCAGGCCGGAAUAAAUAUCAACAUCAAAAGAACAGAUGGACGCGUCCACUCGGCCAUCGUCUCCGGGGUGAACCUGGAGAGCCGCUCGGUGACGGUGGAAUGGUACGAGCGCGGCGAGACCAAGGGCAAGGAGGUGGAGAUCGAUGCCAUCCUCGCGCUGAACCCCGAGCUGGUGGUGCCGCCCGCGCGUCCCACGCCGCACCUGCAGCCCAUGCCUAACAAGCUGGCCCGGGAUCCGUCGGGGUCGUCGUCGGACGACGGGUGCGCGCGCGACGCGGACGACGCCGCCGCGGGGACCACGCUGCCCGGCCGCGGCUCCAGAUCGGACAUGACGCGGCAAUCCAUACCAGUGGCGACUAAAGCACCACCUCGCGUGACGCGCAACAACCAGAUGCGGCUAUCCAAUGUGGGCGGGGCGUACAUGAAUGGGCACGCGGGGGACACGACGGGGAGGCGGGGGGCGGAGAAUGUGCCGCCCGCGCAGCCGCCGCCGCCGGUGGCCAAUAGCAGGGUCACGCAGCAGUUCAACGCGUCAAGCGUGGGCGGCGGCGCGGCGUCGGCGCGGACGGCGGCGGCCUCCAGCACAGUCUCAGUGCCACACACCGUGGCUUCAGGGGCUGUGAGGCGGUCCAACGUGGUGAAGGAGGUCGAGAGACUCAAGGAAAAUAGGGAGAAGAGGCGGCAACGGCAGGCCGAGUUGAAGGAGGAAAAGGAGGCGCUAAUGAACAUGGACCCCGGCAACCCCAACUGGGAGUUCCUGGCGAUGAUCAGAGAGUACACGAUGUCUCUGGACUUCCGUCCGCUGACGGGCAACGAGCCGGUCGAGGACCACCAGAUCACCGUGUGUGUGAGAAAGAGGCCGCUGAAUAAGAAGGAGUUGAAUAGGAAGGAGGUGGACGUGAUCAGCGUGCCGUCCAAGGACCAGAUGAUCGUGCACGAGCCCAAGAACAAGGUGGACCUCACCAAGUUCCUCGAGAACCAGAAGUUCCGCUUCGACUACGCGUUCGACGACUCGUGCACGAACGAGAUUGUCUACAAAUACACGGCCAAGCCAUUGGUGCAGACGAUCUUCGAGGGCGGCAUGGCCACGUGCUUCGCGUACGGACAGACCGGCUCCGGCAAGACGCACACCAUGGGCGGGGACUUCCAGGGUAAGACACAAGACUGCAAGAAGGGCAUCUACGCGAUGGCGGCGCGCGACGUGUUCGCGUACCUCAAGUCGCCCAAGUACCGCCCGCUCAACCUCAUCGUGUCCGCCUCCUUCUUCGAAAUAUACUCGGGGAAGGUGUUCGACCUGCUAGCGGACAAGGCAAAACUCCGAGUGUUGGAAGACGGCAAGCAGCAGGUGCAGAUAGUGGGGCUCACGGAGAAGGUGGUGGACAACACGGACGAGGUGCUGAAGCUCAUCCAGCACGGCAACGCCGCCAGGACCUCGGGCCAGACGUCAGCGAACUCGAACUCGUCGCGCUCGCACGCCGUGUUCCAGAUCGUGGUGCGCUCGCCGGGCAUGCACCGCGUGCACGGCAAGUUCUCGCUCAUCGACCUCGCGGGCAACGAGCGCGGCGCAGACACCUCCUCCGCCAACCGCCAGACAAGAAUGGAAGGCGCAGAGAUCAACAAGUCCCUCCUAGCUCUCAAAGAGUGCAUCCGCGCCCUAGGGAUGAAAGGCAGCCAUCUCCCCUUCCGCGCGUCCAAGCUGACACAAGUACUGCGGGACUCGUUCAUCGGGGACAAGAGCCGCACCUGCAUGAUCGCCAUGAUAUCUCCUGCUAUGAGCUCUUGUGAACAUUCGUUGAACACGCUCCGAUAUGCUGACAGAGUAAAGGAGCUAGGCACGGAGUCAGGGUCACGCGGGCGCGCCGAGUCCCCUCAAGCUGAUGUGGAGAUGGAGCCCGCACAGGACGACUUAGCACAACUGCGGUCACUUAAUGAAGGCGACAUGUCAGCCGAGAUGUACACGUUCCACGAGGCCAUCUCCGAGCUGCAACGAGCUGAAGACGAAGUGCUCGACAACCACAAGGCCAUCGUGGACUACCUCGCGCACGCGCUGCAACGCACCUCCGCGCUGCUGCAGCUCACUAGAGACGUGGACUACGACCAGGACGCGUACGCGACGCAAUGGGAGGAACUCCUGAACGAACAGCUAGCGGUGAUGGCGCAGUCACGUGACCUCGUGGCCGAGUUCAGACAGAAGAUGCAACAGGAAGAGCAUAUCUCACGCCGUAUGCAACCGCCACGGCACUAGCUAUUGUCAAGCUCAUACCCCUGUGCUAAGGACCUCGUGUAAGGUGUGAAGUUAGCUGCAGAUGUCGGUAUUUUUAUUUUUUCAAGCAGCAGUUUUUGUACGAAACUCGCCAGUCCGCUUGCUUUCUAGUGCCGCGGUGUUACUGUAAAAUAAUUUCCGAUGUUAGUUUUGGAUUUAUUUUCAAAGCGUCAUUGCACAUAUUUUCAGUUUAGGGAUGGUAGCGCGCAGUUUGCAGCUAACUUCAGACUAGUUUAGGAUGUAUGGCCCUCAGUUGGAAGCGAUGGUUUGUGUGCUGAUUUUGUUAUUACCCUACUAAGUACCGCGUCAAAUGCCAGCUGUAAUGUUUGUUGGGUGAAGAUGGCAUGAAGGAAUGAACAAUUUGUUGGCAAAGCUGAAUGUAUCAGUAUACAAACUUGUGUGUUGUAGAUUUAAGAUUGCGCCUGGCAAUAUCGCGGCGGCAUUUGUUAACUAGUUGUGACGUCACAACUGUCACACCUGAUAAAAUCAUUUCGUUAACAUUUUAACAGUCAAUUAAAUAUGUAACCGGUAUAUACGUUUAGUUUGUAGCUGGACUACUGUUGUAAAGCUCGUGGAUAAAGAAACAAAUUGUGAAAAAACGGACGGACUCGUGCUAUCUCGUUCUAACCAUACGUCUGUUAAUGUUAAUACAUCUUUCUUCUCUCACUUAAAAACGGCUGUAAUUUCCAUAUUGUUUCUUUAUUCACUGGCGUUAUACCGAACUUUACUGUUGACGUGGCAGUUGUGACAUAAGUAACGCCUUGUUUUGGAAAUGAUAGACUGGCGAGAGGAGGAGCUUUUGAAGCACAAAUGUUGUCCCGGCGGAGUGAAGCCUACAGGGAGACUGCAUGAACAUUUAAUGUAUAGAUAGCCUUCAUUCACAGAUGAUUGUGUCGUCGAAUGAUGGCAAAACAUACCUAACUAACGAUCUGUGUAAAUUUUUGCCUAGACCUAAACGUCGUUGGGUGUGCUAAGUUAAUUUAUAUAGGAACAUUAUUACUCUUGAUUUACCCUACUCAAUGUAAGAGACUUUCUGUUUUCACGAUGCAUUUAACCUGCUAGAGGCCUACUGCUGACUUGUAGAUAUUGCGGGAUCGGAGAGUACAAAGAUGAUUGCUGACCUCGACUUUACACAGAAUAGGAUAUUGAAUGUUAUUGUUUUGAUUAGAGUAACGAAAGAAUAAUAUUUUUCAAACAUGCUGUGAGAAGUUCUACUUUCUUUUUGAACACAAAUAUAUACAAUAUAAAGCACCCGCUCCAUCCAUUUAUGAUCGUUUAAGAAUUGUUGUAUUUGAAUUUGUACUUCCAUAACGUUAUUAACAUAUCUUUUGCCUUAUAUUACGUCGCUUGUUGUAAUUGUAACCGUUUUUGGAAUGGACCUAUAGUUGUAUCGAAAAUGUCCCGGAGUGUGUGACGUUCAUUCCAUUUCGAGAUUAUUUAGAGAUUUAUUCGAUAGAUCUGUUUUGAUUUUGAGAUCUCGAGAAGAGAGUUUAACUUGUAUAGAAAAGAGAGCUGGGGAUUGUUGGAUAGUUGUUCCUGAGGCGAAUCCAAGUUGGAGUUAGUUCCAAAAUAACACCUUAUUUGAUUAAAUAUGAUUGCGAUGUAUGCUGUGACGGAUUUUCAACUUGGAAGGUCUCACGACUUGUGUGUUUUGGUUAAGCAGCGUUUGUAAUCGACACGAUUGAUUUUAAAUGUAUUUUGAUGUGUUACGUUUGUAAGAGCCAGCUCUCUAAUGUGACUAGCGAACUCGUCUAUAGACGAAACUAGCUCGACUGUAGAUAGAUUUAACAUUUUUUUAUUAACCUAGCGGUCAAAGACUACACAUGAGCCCUACAAGCUCUAUGUCUACCUACUUAUUUUGUAUCGGCUCACUUCUAAAUUCUUUCUAAACUGAGUUCACCACACAUAAAAAUCGUAAAACUAUGUAACUAUUAUUUUUUUUGUUAAUAAAAAUAGAAUAAAACGAAAACUAGCUAUGAUUGUAUUUUAAGUUUUUCAAGUCAAUAUUAUUUAAUAUUUGGAAGUAUUUAUUAGGUUGUAUUGAUGCAUUGAUGUAGCUUAAUUCAGUUCCGAGAGCUCACUUCUAUACGGAAGCGUGACUACUCGGACGAUCAAAUUGUAACGUGAAUCAACUGCCUACUUACAGCAUUAUUAAACUUUGGAAUUAAUCCUUGCUUACUUUCAUUACUCGGUGCUAGACAGAAAACUCGCUUAGCAUGAAACAUUUAUACAAAUUUAGUUUAAUCCAGCGGCUACUUGAAACGAAGAUAUUUAGUUAGCGGUUGUUUGAUAAUAUUUCGCUCUGUAUCAGAGUGUUGAGGCGAGCGGGGCGACCUCUCAUUAUGUUGUAUUGAUGUAUUAUUAUUAUGGAGACUGUGAACUCUUGGCCUGAAUGAUUCGUUUUUGUAUAGAGUUGCCGCGAAACGGACGAGCGUCGGAGCGGAGCGCCCGCCCCACUUGUCUAGUGAAAAUGCUUUAUUAUAAUAAACAUAUUUUAACAUCGCACAUUAUAAUAAAUUAAUCGAAUGGA